AUGCAAGAAACUCCAGAAAUCGUUACAGAAGCAGGGGACAGACGGAACGUGCCCCAGCUUCCUAUCGAGUUGUAUCAAGAGGUUAUAGGGCACAUAGAGAGCAAGAGCGACUUAUGCGCCAUCAGCGUCGUCUCAAGAGCGGUGCAAGCCUUAGCCGAGAGUCUCAUCUACCACACCGUCGAGUCUCGUCGCCGAUGCCGCACCCAGGCAUUUUGCAAGCUCGUCGUCGAAUGCCCUCGUAUAGGGAGCCUUGUGCGCUCGCUGAUAGUUGCUAACGAUGAGCGCCACGGUUCUUAUCCUGCCUUGCCCCCUUUCUGGGAUAACAUGGGCCGAGCGCUGCAGAGGAUGCCCCAUCUCGAAAUCCUGCGCGUUCAUGAUGGCUUCACCAACCCAAAUGCUCGGAUUCUCAGGCGGUGCACGUUCUCGCUCAGAGAGUUGAGCUCCGAUUUUGCUUUGGACGGCGACCUCAUCGCGUUCUUGGAGACGCAGCGCCGGAUCACCUCCAUCGACUGGACCGACACGGACAAUGCAGCACGAACGGUGGAUCCUGUCCGGGACACCCCUUCCCCUGGGCAGGGUGCUUUACCCCAGCUUCAGCUGCUCCAUACCGACUCUCUGGGCAUGGCUAUGAGACUCGUACCGGGUCGACCCGUGACACAUCUUUGGGUCUCGAAUGAGGCUAACGCCAUGUAUGAAGAGUUUAUCACAGCAAUAAGCAGGUCGACAGGACCUCUGCUAUCCCUACGUAUGGGCUUCCCGUUCCAUAAAGGAUCCAUCGAUCGGGAAAUCAUGAAUGCUCUUGCUGCUUUCAAAGAUUUACGAACUCUCGUGCUCUGGAACAUGGUUACCCCUGACACUCUGCGUAGCCUAGAGUCCGCUUGUCCCUCCCUCCGGGUCGUCGCUUGCUUGCAUUAUUCGUAUGCAUACGAGUAUAUCCGGAUGCCCGUGAAUCCCAUCGGGACCCCUCAACCUAUGCACGAUCCCGAUUUCAGCCUGUGGAAAGACGUGUAG